AAGUCUGUUGACAAUUUAAGCUUCAAGGGUUAUACCGAAAUUGAAACGAUCCAUCCGCAUUAAUAGUAUUAUAUUCGAUUUCGGCAAACACGGGAUCACCAAGUUGGCCAAAUGCAGCGCAUAAAAGCCAAAGCAAGCGCAACAUUUCCAUAAAUUCUCAAUUUAAAUGCCUGUGCUAAACGACUUGUGUCUGUCCAAUUAGAGGCACAUCCUGCACACACACAAACACACACAGAGCUACAGGCAACAAGCAGUAUGGUGGACACACGUAUCAAUGCACAAACGGAUCACAGAUUCGAGGCGUUUGGCUGGCGGCAAGAACAACGCGGCGACUGAGGAGCUGGCGACUGAAUGCGCCCAAGCGUUAGACCUUCGUAUUUAAAUACGAUUCUCAGGCGAGUCAGCGAACGGUGGCCAGCUUUUCAGUUCGGCUCGGCAGCAGCAGCAGCAGCAGAAGCAGCAGUAGCAGCAGCUGCCACUUGUCUCACCUGACCACCCACCAAAGUGGCAGCCACGAAGAUGAAACAACAUUUGUGUGCAAAUUGCGUUACAAGAGAUGUUCAGCGAGCGAGCGAGAGAGACAGAGAUAGAGAUAGAGAGAGGGCGGUCGGGCACGUGGGGCAGCUGCAUGCUGCAUGUUGCGCCAUGGCCAACAAUGUCUGGACGGGCUCCUUGUUCAGUAAAUUGCAAACAGAACAGGAGUGGAAAAAGUCGUGGCUGCCAGCAGCAGAGGCUGCAGCAGCAGCAGCAGCAGCAGCAGCUGUCUGUCAAUUAGUUGAAGCUGUUUCUGCUGUCGUCGUGUUUCGCUUCCUGUUGCAGCCGCAUUGUUGACAAUUUUCCAGCGCGUGAUCUAUGACACCGCGCAAAUUUCCUGUGCAUUGAACUCUCGUGCGGCAAUUACCAAUGUGACACGCCCCCAUUCAAAAUCUAACAGCAGCAGGCACCGUUAACCGCCCCCCAUCAUCAUCAUCAUCAUCAUCGGCUUUGGCUAUUAUAAAUUUGCCGCGCUCCGGAGUCUAGGUCAGUGUCUUAGCUGCAAUUUGGUUUGUCUUGGCCGCGCUGCAUUAUGCAAUUAAAGGCAAUUACGCGGCUGCUGAGGAAGAGUUGCCGUUCUCUGUUCUCUGUUCUCUCAGCGGCCACAAUUUCCGCCUAGGAUGUGGCCCAAAAGUUUUCCAACCUUUUUAAUGAGCCCAAUUAGCGAGUGCAGAAUACAGCCAGGCCCGACCAGGUUAUUGGCCAUUGUUCUCGUCUUACAAUGAGCAGCAGAAAAUAUGUCAAACAUUUUGAUUAGAACAUUGAGCUGUGGGCGCAGCUAGAACGAAAGACUUAAGCCACAAACUUGCCCAUCGCUUGGCUGCCUUUGAUUUAUCUGACCCAUGUGUGUUUUACUUUAGUUUAUAUGCUAAUUUUAUUAGAUUUAGGAGCAGCAACCAAACAAAUGCGGAAGACCCUCGGCCAAUUGUGCAGCAAAAUGGAGCAGGGCUGAGACAUUGAAUUGAAAUGAAAUGGAAUGAAAUGAAAUGUGAUAUGUGCAGAUAUGUGACAAUGGAAUUGAAACAAGCAACGCCACUGGCACAGUUGAAUUGCAUUAUUAGAUGUAAGGACAAGUUUCUGGCUGACUUGGAGGCAAUUGCACGCAUGGGAAAUGUGCAACCAGUUGUUGCUGUUGUUGUUGGUGUUGCUGUUGUUGUUGCCAUUGAACCACAUACCCAUAGAGCUAAAAACUGGAAAUUCAUAUGCGUUUUCACUGCCAACAACAGCCACGAAACGGAGAGCUGGAGAGGAAGGCCAACAGCACCGGCAAAAAUCCUGCCAUUUGAUGGAAAGUGAAAUUGCUUUCGUUUUCAUUUGAAAACUUUGCCAAACUCCAUUCAAUUGUCGUUGGCCAAUCCGUUCGGUUCGUUGCGAGCGCAUCAAUCAAAAUGAAAAUUACACAACUUUUGCAUAUUUUCUUGUGUGUUAUCACAUCCAUGGAAGCCAUGGGCUAUGGCACGAAGAAGGCGCGCUGCUUGAAUCCGCCGCGCACGGCCAGACGCGUCGAGUCCGUCAUCGGGGACUGCCAGGAUGAGGUCAAGAACAAGCUGGUCAAUGAGGCAUACCAGAUACUCAAGGAGCAGGUGCAGCAGGAGCAGCAGGAGCAGCCCACACUCCAUGCCGACGACGGCGUGGAGUUCAUUGACUCGCUGCAGUGGCCGCCCGUGCUGCAGCAGGCGAGCCAUGAGGCGCCACCCAAUGCCAGCCGCUACGAAUACAUUGUCUACGAUGAGCCGGAGCCGCGGCGUCGCAUGGCGCGCCUGGUGCGCAGCCUGAAGCGCCUGGAUGUGGCUAGCGCGGGCAUCUAUCACCCGACGCUGGUGCCGCUGGAAGACAAGCGCAUUGCGGGCUGUCUGCUGCACUGCGUCUAUGCGAGGAACAACGCCAUUGACAAGAAUGGCUGGCCGACACUGGACGGCCUGGUCGGCUUUUAUUCGGAGGGUGUUCACGAGCACGGUUUCUUUAUGGCCACAUUACGUUCGGUUAAUCUCUGUCUGCGGGCCAUGACCACCAAAUACCAAGUAAAUCGCCGGCAGCUGCCGCAGAAAGGCGAAAGCUGUGACUUGGCAUUUGAUGUGUUCGACUGCAUAUCGGAUCAGAUAACAGGCUAUUGCCUGGAUCAAUAUAGCAAGUAUUAGUUGG